CCGGAUUUUUACCUUGCCAGGGGUCAAGCCGCCCGCCCACAUCUAUGCCGUGAGCCAAAUAAAUAGUCGAAACCUCCCAGGGCCGUCCGGUCUUAAUACGCUUGCUUGCCCUUUCGGUUUUGUUAUAUCCUCUUCCUAUCGAUAGCGAUAGUUUGCUAUAGUGAUUCAAUUUUCUGCCGAGAAAUCAAAGUAAACAAUGAAAAUCUUUGUGAAGACUCUCAAAGGAUCCCACUUCGAGCUCCAAGUGGAACCAGAACAUACGAUUGCUGAUGUGAAGAAGAACAUAGAGACUGUUCAAGGAUCAAAUGUUUAUCCUGCUAGCAAGCUGAUGCUUAUCCACCAGGGGAAAGUUCUCAAAGAUGGCACAACUCUGGAGGAGAAUAAAGUUGCUGAAAACAACUUCGUUGUCGUCAUGAUGGCAAAAGAGUAAGAGCACACCUGGAGAAGGUUCAGCAUCUGCUACACCUGCAGCCAAGGAAACACAGGUUACCAGCAACCCACCUGCCAGCUCAACUCCAGCUUCUACAACUACAACUACAACUACUGCGCCAACUCCUACCCCUGUUGCAACCCCAGCCCCUGCACCUUUGGCAACUGCUGGAUCAGGAGAUGUCUAUGGUCAGGCAGCUUCUAGUUUGGUUGCAGGAAACAACCUUGACGUAGCUAUCCAACAGAUUCUUGAUAUGGGUGGGGGAAGCUGGGACAGGGACACUGUUGUUCGGGCUUUGCGUGCUGCUUAUAACAAUCCUGAGAGGGCUGUUGAAUAUUUAUAUUCUGGUAUUCCUGAGUCAGCUGAAGUCCCUCCUGUGGGAGGUGGUAAUGUACCUACAGAGCAAGCUACAAACCAGACUGCUCUGCCUCAGCAAGCGACACAACCUGUGAAUGUUCCUUCAAGUGUUCCAAAUGCAAAUCCUCUAGAUUUAUUUCCGCAGGGUCUUCCAAGCAUGGGUUCCAAUACAGGAGGUGCACAGUCCUUGGAUUUCUUGCGCAAUAGCCCGCAGUUUCAAGCCUUGAGAACAAUGGUCCAAGCAAACCCACAAAUCUUACAGCCCAUGCUUCAAGAAUUGGGAAAACAGAAUCCUCAAUUAAUGAGGCUUAUACAGGAGCAUCAGGCUGAUUUUCUUCGCCUCAUCAAUGAGCCUGCUGAAGGAGGAGAAGGCAACGUACUUGGGCAGCUUGCAGCAGCAAUGCCCCAGGCGAUACAAGUAACACCUGAGGAGCGUGAGGCAAUUGAACGUCUCGAAGCGAUGGGAUUUGAUCGAGCACUUGUACUGCAAGUAUUCUUUGCUUGCAACAAGAACGAAGAGUUGGCUGCCAACUAUCUGUUGGAUCACAUGAAUGAGUUUGAGUAAUGAUGGAAAAAAUUGAGUUUCGAUUAAUUGUUAUAGUAAUUUUCCUUUCUCGUGCUAAUGGUACACACGCAUUAGCUUCCCAUUCAGCAUUUUGUGGUUUCCGUGUGCAUUGUAACUAUAUUUCUGUGGUUGAAUUUCGAGUGAUUUUGUGUUAUAAACAUAUGUCGAACAUAGAUUAUUAAUGUGUACCAGUAGUAUUUUCAAAUAUUGUCUUUUAAAUUCCGUUUAAAGUUUGUUGACGCCAUUACACAAGUUGAAUUGGCUUGUCUUUAUAUUUCGAGGUGUGAAUUGCAAGUUUAUUGGUAGUACCUCUUGCAGAC